AAAAAAAAAAAAAAAUGGAUACUUCAAAAUCUAAACCAAAUAGAUCAAAAAAUAAAUCAAAAUCCAAAAAAAAGCAGUCAACUAUUGAUAAAAUUAAUUCAAUAACAACAUCAUCUAAUUCUUCAAAUAAAUCAUUAAUUGAUAAGAAAAAAUCAUCUCAAAAUAAAAAUAUUCCUUCAAAAGAAUUUAUAACACAAACUUCCACCUCAAUUUUAUUAGGAUUUCCUGAUGGUAAUAUAUCAACAAAAGAAGAUAAUGAUCCUUAUAUAACAAAAAUUGGUGGAAAACCGAAUUGGUUAAUCGAAUCAUAUCCUUUAUCACACGAUUUUAUUAUUUGUAAAAAUUGUGAUAAAGAUAUGUUUUUAUUGUUUCAAGGUUAUGUACCUUUGGAUGAUUCCAUUUAUGAUAGGGUGAUAUAUAUCUUUGGAUGUAAUCAGCAAAAAUGCGUUAAUAAAAGUGGAAGUUUUCGUGUAUUUCGAGCACAUCGAAAAGAUGAAGAAUAUGAAAGAUAUCAACAAGAACGGGCAAAUAAACAUCAAUCAAGAGACAACAGUAAUAAUUCUUCAAUCCGAUCAUCGAAUGUUAUAAAUGGAGGAUUGGGUAACAUGUUAUUCGGAGUUGCAGAUUUUGAUAAUAUAGAUGAAAUGGAUGAUAUGCAGAUUUCGGAGAAUGAUAUUAUAUCAAGUAAAGAGGAACAAGUUGACGAAGACGAAGAUGAUCAUGAUGAUGAUCAUGAUGACGAUGAAUGGCCUGAACUAGGUAUUAAUAAUAAAAUGUCAAGUACUACAACGUGGCAAUCUUCAUGGAGUCAGAUUAUUUCUGAUGCAGAAAAAGCACGAAAUGAAAAGGAUCAAAUUAAAGAUCAAGUUUCAAGUAAACAUGAUAAUGAUGAUAAUAUGUCACAAAUAAGUGUUGAUAUGUCUACGUUAACAUUGAAUACAUGUUGGCCCGAGAAUAUUAAAUCAUUUCCAGCACAAUACUUAUAUAUUACUGAAGAAGUAUUGAAAGAAAAAAAUGAUGAUAUUCCUGCAAAUUAUUUGUCAUAUGAAGAAGUCGAAGACAAUUUUGAUUGGAUUGGAGAGAAAUAUGAAAAGCCAAUCUUACCAAAAGGUUAUGACAAAACCUUUAAAAAAUUUUCUGAUCGUGUAGCAGAAUGGCCUGAUCAGUGUGUGAGGUAUCAAUUUGAUGGACAACCGUUAUUAUAUACACAUAAUGAUGUAACUGCAAAACUCCUACUUGAUAAUUGUAAUGAUGAAAUCACAUCAUCAAAAUUACCAGUUUGUCAUUGGUGUAAGUCAAGUCGAGUUUUUGAGUUACAAUUAAUGCCGAGUAUGUUAACUACAUUAUCUACUAGUUCUUUUAUUGAAGAAAAUGAAAUUAAUUCUGAUAAGAAAAAUAAGAAAAAUAAGAAAAAUGAUAAUUCAAUAUUUAAUCUUGGUAUGGAAUGGGGAACUAUUAUGGUAUUUACUUGUAAGAAUGAUUGUGAGAUGAAUGAUGUUGGAUUUAAUGAAGUUUCUUAUUAUGAAGAAGUUGUUUUGGUUCAAAAUGAACAAUAAUUUCAAAGAGAUUUUAUGCAGUUAAUUUUAAAGCAUUACA